AUGGACAGAGGACGGAGAGGAACGAAUGGAUCCUUCAAACGAUCGUCCAUCAAACGCAGCGCGUCGUCUGGAUCACAGAAGGUUCACAGAGUCUGGAUCGAGAGGACGUUCCAGAAGAGAGAAUGUAUCCAGAUCAUUCCCAGCAAAGACGCCAGCAGGUGCAGUUGUGGUCAGCUGGUGACUCAGCACACUGCCAUCCUUCCGGGGGCCAAAGAGGAGGGGGCCCCACUGGUUCAGCUGGAGGUCCAAACUACUACUGAGAGAUGGAGUCCCCUCAAACACACCCAGACGUCCCCGACUGAUGCCUACGGAGUCAUUGAGUUCCAGGGAGGAGGACAUAUCAACAAGGCCAUGUACAUCAGGGUCUCCAAUGACUCUAAACCGGACUCCCUGCUCCACCUGAUGGUGAAGGACUGGCAGCUGGAGCUCCCUACGUUGCUCAUCUCUGUCCACGGAGGCCUUCAGAACUUUGACCUUCCUCCCAAACUCAAGCAGGUCUUUGGGAAGGGACUGAUCAAAGCCGCUGUGACCACCGGGGCCUGGAUCUUCACCGGAGGAGUCAGCACAGGAGUGAUCCGCCAUGUUGGAGACGCUCUCAAAGACCAUUCGUCCAAGUCCAGAGGGAAGGUCUGUGCCAUCGGCAUCGCACCGUGGGGGAUCAUCGAGAACAAAGAAGACCUGAUUGGAAGAGACGUGACCCGGUCGUACCAGACCAUGUCCAACCCGCUCAGCAAGCUGUCGGUGCUGAACAGCAGCCACUCCCACUUCAUCCUGUCCGACAACGGGACCACCGGGAAGUAUGGCGCCGAGGUCCGCCUCCGCCGGCAGCUGGAGAAACACAUCGCUCUGCAGAAGAUCAACACACGUCUGGGUCAGGGGGUCCCGGUGGUGUGUCUGAUCCUCGAGGGGGGUCCUAACGUCAUCUCCAUCGUGCUGGAGAGUCUGAAGGAGGAUCCUCCCGUCCCUGUGGUGAUCUGUGACGGCAGCGGUCGAGCCUCUGACAUCAUUUCCUUUGCUCACAGAUAUUGUGCGGAGGACGGGCUGGUGAGUGACAGCGUCAAGGAUCAGCUGCUGGUCACCAUCCAGAAAACCUUCAACUACAGCCGCAGCCAGGCACAGCAGAUCUUCCUCAUGGUGAUGGAGUGCAUGAAGAAGAGAGCUCUGAUCACAGUGUUCAGGAUGGGCUCCGAGGGGCAACAGGACAUUGAGAUGUCGAUCCUCACAGCUCUGCUCAAAGGGACCAAUGCAUCAGCGUCAGAUCAGCUGAGUUUGGCUUUGGCCUGGAACAGAGUGGACAUCGCUCGUAGUCAGAUCUUUGUGUACGGACACCACUGGCCCGUGAGUCCACCUGUCUGUCUGUCCGUCGGGGAUCGACCGAAGAGCCCCGCGGCCCAGAGAGCAGGGGGGGGAGGAGGAGGAGGGGCAGGGAAAGGGAAAGCCAGAGGGAAGAAGGGAAAAGGAGGAAAAACUAAAGUUGAACCUCCUGAAGAGACCGACCCCAGAAAACUGGAGCUGCUGAGCUGGGUGAACUCUCUGGAGCAGGCCAUGAUGGACGCUCUGGUUCUGGACAGAGUCGACUUCGUGAAGCUGCUGAUUGAAAACGGUGUGAACAUCCAUCACUUCCUGACCAUCCCUCGCCUGGAGGAGCUGUACAACACGAAGCUGGGUCCGGCCAACACGCUGCACUUUGUGGUCCGUGACGUGAAAAAGGGGAACCUACCUCCAGAUUACCAGAUCACGCUGAUCGACAUCGGACUGGUGCUGGAGUUUCUGAUGGGUGGAGCCUACCGCUGCAAGUACACCAGGAAGAGCUUCAGGGCGCUGUACAGCAACCUGUACGGCCUGAAGAGACCAAAAGCUCUGAAGCUUCUUGGGAUGGAGGAUGAUGAGCCUCGCUCGAAGGGAAAAGGAAAGAAGAAUAAGAAGAAGGAGGAGGAGGUGGACAUAGAUGUGGACGACCCUGAGCUCAGCCGGUUUCAGUACCCCUUCCAUGAGCUGAUGGUGUGGGCAGUGCUGUUGAAGCGCCAGAAGAUGGCGCUGUUCCUGUGGCAGCGGGGUGAGGAGGCCAUGGCCAAAGCUUUGGUGGCAUGUAAACUCUACAAGGCCAUGGCCCACGAGUCGUCUCAGAGCGAGCUGGUGGACGACAUCUACCAAGAUCUGGAGAACAACUCCAAGGAGUUUGGUCAGCUAGCCUACGAGCUUCUGGAUCAGUCCUACAAACACGAUGAGCAGGUGGCCAUGAAGCUGCUGACGUACGAACUGAAGAACUGGAGUAACUCCACCUGUCUGAAGUUAGCUGUCGCUGCCAAGCACAGCGAAUUCAUCGCUCACACCUGCAGCCAGCUGCUGCUGACAGACAUGUGGAUGGGCUGUCUGAGGAUGGGCAAGAGCAACAGCCUCAAGGUGAUUUUAGGCAUCGUUUUCCCUCCUUUCAUCCUCCUCAUGGACUUUCGUCUUGGAGAGGAGGCUUCAUUCAAUUCAUCCAAAGAGAAUGAGGACACUAAAAAUAAAGAUGACGACAACAAAUCCAGCAAGGAUACUGUCUCUAAUGUUGACACGACAUCAAAGAAAGGAGACGAAGAAGAAAACCAGAAGAAACAUCGGAGGAGGGUUCCCAUCGGGAGGCAGAUCUACGAGUUCUACAACACGCCCUUCACCAAGUUCUGGUUCAACACGAUCAUGUACAUGGUCUACCUGAUGUUGUAUAACUACAUCAUCCUGGUGAAGAUGGAGCGAUGGCCGUCCCUGCAGGAGUGGAUCGUCAUCUCUUACAUCAUCACUCUGGGAAUGGAGAAAGUCCGACAGAUCCUGAUGUCGGAGCCGGGGAAGCUGAAGCAGAAGAUCAACGUGUGGUUGGAGGAUUACUGGAACAUCACCGACCUGGCGGCCAUCUCCGUCUUCCUGCUGGGUCUACUGCUGCGGCUGCAGAACGAGCCCUACAUGGGCCGCGGACGAGUCAUCUACUGCGUGGACAUCAUCUUCUGGUACAUCCGAGUCCUGGACAUCUUCGGAGUCAACAAGUACCUGGGACCCUACGUCAUGAUGAUCGGGAAGAUGAUGGUGGACAUGCUGUACUUCGUGGUCAUCAUGCUCGUCGUGUUGUUGAGCUUCGGAAUCGCUCGACAGGCGAUUCUCCAUCCAGACGAGAAGCCGACGUGGCGUCUGGCUCGCAACAUCUUCUACAUGCCGUACUGGAUGAUCUACGGAGAGGUGUUUGCCGACUCCAUAGACCUUUACGCGAUGGAAAUCAAUCCUCCGUGUGGAGACAACAUGUACGAUGAAGACGGGAAGAAGCUUCCUCCCUGUAUCCCCGGAGCCUGGCUCACUCCCGCCAUCAUGGCCUGUUACCUGCUGGUCGCCAACAUCCUGCUGGUCAACCUGCUCAUCGCCGUCUUCAAUAACACCUUCUUCGAGGUGAAGUCCAUCUCCAACCAGAUUUGGAAGUUCCAACGUUAUCAGCUUAUCAUGACCUUCCACGACCGCCCCAUCCUGCCGCCGCCGCUCAUCAUCUUCCCGCACAUCUACAUCCUGCUGAAGAGGCUGUGCUGCCACUGCCGCCGGCGGCCGGAGGGAGACCACGACGACCGCGAGAGACGACUCCAGCUGGUGUUGAAUCCAGAAGAGUUAAAGUCUCUUCACGAGUUCGAGGAACAGUGUGUGGAGGAAUACUUCAGAGAGAAAGACGACGAGAAACAAUCGUCCAACAACGAGCGAAUCCGAGUCACGUGUGAGAGGGUGGACAACAUGUUCAUGCGUCUGGAGGAGGUGAACGAGCGCGAGCACUCCAUGAAGGCCACCCUGCAGACGGUCGACCUCCGCCUGGGUCAGCUGGAGGAGUUCUCUGGCCGGAUGAUGAACGCUCUGGAGAAGCUGGCCGGCAUCGACCGAGCCGACCUGGUCCGGAGCCGCUCCAGAGGGUCGUCGGUGUGCGAACCGGCCGCUCUGCUGCGACACGGUAGCAUGAACAGCUCCGAUGGCUACAGUCUGUACCGGUACCAGCUGGAGCAUGACGACCGGGUCUCUGUGUCCGGAGACACGGAGACGAAUGACAAGAAGGUGCCGCUGAGUCCAGAGAUCGGUUCGACCCUGGAGGUGCAAGGCCUUAGGGACAGGACUCAGUCUCAGUCCAACGUGGACAUCUUGAUCUCCCCCUGCGACCCGGACCUCCGACCUGCCCGACCCCAACCUGCUUCCCCUCAGGUGGACCUAAUGGACACUGAUGUGGAGAAACCUCCUGAGAAAAGCCGGCUGCAGGCAACGGCCUCGUUCCCUCUGGAGACGCCAAAGCAGGGGGGUGAGACUUCGGUUGAUAGCCAUGGUAAUGGAGAGGGGGAGGAGUCAUCGGAGCGGUUGCUGCUGGGGGGGGACAGGAUGUACCCGACACUUCGCUCCAAGAGUCUGAACGUCAACCCGAGGAAGACGAGGAAGAAGGAGGGCGAGGAGACGCCGCGCUCAGCGAGCAGCGUCCGGGACCUGGUGUCAGCAUUCAGCGGGGGGGCGGGAGACACCAGACCAGAACCAGGACCGAGUCCAGCUUCAGGUCUUUAA